CAGCGGCGGCGGCCUCCCCCGCUCCCGCCGCCUCCCCUCACCCGGUGCCACCCUCGCUCGGCGGCGCUCACCCUCCCCCGCCGCUGGCGCGCCUUGCGGGCAGGGACGGCGGCCGCCUGAGGGGAGCUGUGCCAGCAGAGUAACGAUUUCAAGAUGCCAGGUGGUGCAAGAAUCUCAUUCAAUGGUGUGGAUUCCUCUCUUUCAUCUCUGAAAAACUGCCAGUCUUACAUAAAUACUGGAAUGGAUAUUGCUACUCACGUUGCCCUUGACCUUGUGGAAAGUUUCAAUGAUGCAGAGGAUGUUAACAGUAUGGAAAAUGUCAUGUUAGAAUACGCCGCAAUGGACAGAGAACUCAAUCAUUAUAUGAGAGCAAUUGAAGAAACAGUAAAUCAGGGAAAGAGAACCUGGGCUAUUUUGUUUCUUUUGCAGAUAAAACGAGAAAAACCAGAAAAUAUACCAGAUUUAAAAUAUUUAGUAAAAGAAAAAUUUACUGCACUGGAGAGCAAGAACAGUGACUCAGAUUUGCAAAAGAAUGAAAAAUAUUUAUAUUUUAAGGAUCAGCUUAAAGAGAUGAGAAAACAAUUUUGUCAUAAAUCAGAUAAUGAUAAUGAGGCCAUUGAACAAAUCGAUGAAGAUAUAGCCGUGACUCAGAGUCAGAUGAACUUUAUUUGUCCCAUUACACAGAUGGAAAUGAAGAGGCCAGUUCGAAACAAAGUCUGUGGACAUACUUAUGAAGAAGACGCCAUUCUAAAAAUUAUCCAGACUCGAAAGCAGCAAAAGAAAAAAGUCCGAUGCCCUAAAAUUGGCUGUAGCCAUGCUGAUGUAAAAGGAUCAGAUCUUGUGCCAGAUGAAGCACUUAAAAGAGCGAUUGACAGUCAGAAUAAACAAAGCUGGUCAACACUGGAGAAGUCAGCUGGAUACACCGCUGCCACAAAGAAAAUUUGUUAUUAGGGGUCUUGUGAGAUAAGCUGCUGAUUGUAAGUAGGUUGUGUAACUGAUUGUUAUUUAAAGUGUUUCAUUUAUAGGCAAAGUUGAAGGUCUCAGCUGUAACUGAAAGCAUUUUUUAAACUGCCGAAUAUGAGGAAUUCCAGUUUAACUUGUUUGUUGGUUUUUUUUUUUAAACCUUCCUGAAAUUUUAAAAGCUUGCAUUUGCUAAAUAAAACGUGUUCUGCAGCAUUU